AUGAAAAUUAAGAAGAAGAAUGAACAGUAGAGAGUUACAGAAUUAGGGGAACACAUUUUGAAAACUUAAAAUACUAUGUUGGCUGCUAAAAUCGAUUAAUUAAAGAAGGAGAUUUAAAAUAUGAGAUCUGUAUACAACAACCCAAUAUAUCUAGUUUCUAGUUACCAGAAUAGACAGAGCGAGAGCUAGUUUAAUCGGAGGAACUGAUAUAUUAUAAAAAACUGAGUAAUUAACUGUCUCGAAGAAUACGAAUCAUUAUGGCUUAUAAUGAGGAGGCAAUUCAAAAAAAAGUGGCUCAAGAAGAUAUCUAACAAGAGAAUUUUGAAUGUCUAUGUGGUGCUAAUUAGAUUGAUUCUAUUAAAUAUUUACUUGUAAAUGGUCAUCAAUAAAUAUUGUAAUAAUAAUAAUAAGAAAUCCAACCACCGGAAGAAAAUAAUUAAUAAACUCAAUCUAAUCAAAAGUAAAAAAUACUUAAAUAAUUAGAGAUUAUAUAAAGAAAUUGAUCUAGGAAUCUUCGGAAGAGAAGGCUCAAUUGCUCCAUCAGAUUGAAGAGUUGAAAUUGCAAUAGAAGUUGCCUGAAGAACAAUUCUUUCAAACACAGUUAUUUGCAGAUUUAGUAUAAUAAAAUAACUAUCUAACAACUACGCUAUUCAACAUCGAGGAGCAAUUGAUAUAGGUAAUAAUUUUCAUCAUUAACGUAGGCUUAAUUGAUCAAUAAAGAACAACUAGAGAAAAAUUAGCAAUAAAUACAGUAGGUUCAAUUGGAGUGCGAAUAAAAAAUAAAAGAUUUAUUUUCAUAGCAAGAUACUAUAAAAAUAGAGAUCAAAUAGAAUGAUGAUUAGAUACAGAAUACUUUGAUUGAAGAAUUGAAAUCCUAAGUGGAACAUUCAUCAAAAAUGAUUGAGGAUCUAAAGAUUGAAUUGUAAUAAUGCAGAGAACGUAAUAAAGAAGCAUAAAAUCAAUUGGUUGAAUUAAUAAAUUAGAAACAGACAUUAUUGAAUUAAAAUAAUGAAUUGAAAUAAUAUAUAAGUGUUCAUAAGAUACUAUCAAAAGAUGAGAAGAUAGAACAAGUGACUCUGAGAUAUGAAAAACAUAAAUAAUUGUUGUAUGAAAUAGAAUAAGAGUAUGCAAAUACGAAAUCUAAUGAAUUCAUUCAAAGAUUUAGAGAAUUUGUUGGGUAUGUUAAGAUGAGAGAUGAAAAAGUGAAGGGAUUGGAACAAUAAUUGGAAGCAAAGACAAAUGAUUGCAAUAAUAUAAAGAAGGUAAACAAGUAGUAUUAUAUAAUUUCAGUAAAUACAAUAAUUGAUUGACGAAUUGGAUUAUAAUUCAAAUUCUUUUAAUUCUAUUAAUGAGACUAAUAAGAAUCUAAGCAAACUUGUAAAUGAAACCUAAAAGAAUUUGAGCAGAGCUAUGUAAGAGAAGGUGGAUGAGCGUAUAAGGUUUGAAACAGAAAGAUAAGUAUGAUCAUCAAUCUAUAUUUUAAUAGCAAUUUUAAUAAAAGAUACAAAUUGCAGAUGACACAAUCAAACAAUUACAAUCGUAGAAUGAUUAAUAAAAAAAAAACUUAAGUCUAAUUGAAAAUGAAAGAAUGAGUUACAAAGAAACAAUGAGAAUGUUACAAAAGUCAGAAGGUGAAAGCUAACAGAGAUUGCUAUAAAAAGAAUGGGAUGUUAAUAAAAUUUUAGAAGAAAGUAAAAUUAUAUAGGAAAGAGAGAAAUUGAGUGAGUCAAUCAAUGUAAAAUUCAUUAAAAAGGCGGAGAAGUCUAAGAGCAAACUCAAAUAUUUGAAGUUAUAGAUGAAAUUGUAAUUAUAAUAUAUUAUUUAUAGAGAAUCUAAAGAUACUGAUAAUGAACUAUUGACAUCUUUAAAAAUGAUGGUUGAUUGUCAAUAAUGUAAAAAAAGAGUAAAACAAGUUAUUCUAAUGAAAUGCUUGCAUAUGUUCUGUAAACCUUGUAUUGAUGACAAUCAAAAAAAUCGAAAUAGAGCCUGUCCAGUGUGUAGAGCUAAGUAUGGAAUUGAAGAGGUGAAAGCUAUAAUAUUAAAUUGA